AUGACCUGUUACCUCAACAACAAGGCGGCCACCGAUGAAGCUCUCGACAGUGAAGGCUGGUUCCACACAGGCGAUGUCGGCAAAGUUGAUACUCACGGCCAUCUGUGGAUCACCGAUCGGUUGAAGGAUGUGAUGAAGGUCAAAGGAUUCCAAGUGUCACCUUCUGAGCUCGAAAACAUCCUUUGCGGUAGCCCCUCAGUAGCUGAUGCUGCUGUAUGUGGUCUCUUCGACGCUGGUCUUGCAUCCGAACUACCUAGAGCCUACGUUGUGCCUUCUUCAAAACACUUGUUGGCCCAGUGUACACCAAAUGGUCCUAUCACACCGGAACUCCAGGCCCUGGCUCAAGAUAUCAAACAAUUAGUAGAGAGCAAGACCGUGCGGUACAAGUGGUUGGCUGGUAAUGUUGUGUUCGUACCAGCAGUGCCAAAAUCACCAAGUGGUAAGAUCUUAAGGCGUAUGCUUGUGGGCGUACAGGGUGUCGAGGUCAAACUUUACUUGAGUCGGGCGGAGAAGGCAAAGCUGUAG